UGCUGUCCUGUAACAGUCACCUGUCUGCCCACCUGUCACACUGACUUCCCAGCAUCAUGCUCACCAGGAACAUUGUUCUUUUGUUCUCUCUUUUUGUCCUGCUGGUGGAGGGAGAUCAUGACUCCAGCGAUGCAGGAGUACAAGCCAAAACUGAUAAAGAUUCACUCUCUGAAGAAGCUCCCACAGAGAGCACGAGCGUCGUUUCUCCUGAUCAGCCUGACACCAGCAGUUCCAGUUCAGAGACGGCAGACACUCCACCAGCUGAUCAGAUGACAUUAGCUGAGCUGGCUGUAGCUGCUGCAAACAGUGCUGAGGAAGAGGACGAAAACGAGAACAGCGAUUCUGACGAAGGCGGGAAGAAAAAGUUCAGCUCCCGCUCAGUGAAAGCUCAGAGUGCCACGCACGUCCACCAGAGUCCCGGCCACGCUGUUCAGAUCCCAGCUCAGAUCCCAGCUCUCCCUCAGCAGCCGCUCGUUCUGCAGGCAAAAGCUCUGACAAGGGGCCGAACAUCCAAAAGAAGAUCCAGAACCAACCGCCGGCACAUAUAAAAACACAAUAAACCCAUAAUAACGCUACACACACAACUAUGUAAUCUAUCAUGCCUGGAGAGUUACACACAUGAUCACAUAUACUCAACAAAAUAAACCCUCACGUACUGUAACAACACUGGAACAUUUAAGAUAAAACACACAUACAAUCUCAAAAGUCUAAAUGAACCCUGCAGACUCACGGAGAGAUCUGACCGGUGAUCUGAAUGAUCCAUCAGAACAAAUACAUGUGUCCAGCUGCGGUUUUAGACAAGAUUUCUUUACUAGAAAUACAUGUUUGGACAGUUUGAUAUCCAUAACAAAAGCAAACGGGGUUGGCAGCAAGGCCGAGGAACUGCUGUUUUAAUCACAGCUGUGAAACUUGGAUGAAUUUAUGUUCAACUUCACCAUCAUUUUGAUAAUCAACAAAAAGUUACCAAUUUUCAGAACCACUGAUCCAGCUUUUUGUAAGGAUUUUGCCCUCAGAGUAUUAAAUCCACUCAAUUUAUCUGAUUUCCUUUCUUAACCUUUCUCCUGGUAUAAGUUACACAAUGCUUUCUUUUUGUUUCUUGUAUCGUAUUUUAAUAAAGUUAA